AUGUUCUUCACUAAGACCGCACCAGCGAACCCUGUAAAGUCAUUCAACCUCAGUGUCAUUCCCAGCGGCCAAGACCGCGUAGUAGCAUUUGGCCCUGGCUCAGUAGUCAAUGGCUCUGCUGUACUUGUUCUAGACCGCCCUGUGAAUGCACACAAUAUCAAAGUGCUCUUUAAAUGUGAGCAAUACGCAAGCGGAAGCAAUGAAAGAACCACGCUCUUUAGCGUGGACGCCUAUGUUUGGGGACAAGCAAGAUCAGAGGGUGUGAACCUUGAAUUGGGCAAGGGAAGCCACAUGUACUUGUUUGCUAUCAAGCUGCCCUUUGUGAAUUACCCACCAUCGAUCCACAGCAGCUAUGUUGAGCAUCAUGUUGAAUAUACAUUACAAGCGUUCUUGGACGUAGAAGAUGAUCAUGCACCAAGCUGCAUUGAAAGCGCACGUGUUCCGAUCAUGUAUCUUCCGUUUGUCACAUGCAUUCCCCUACCAGGAAGCAAUCGUCCACAACAUGGUGCCAAGAACAACCAAAUUUUCAAGUGCGAUGAUGCUGAAGUUGAAGUUGCUGCAGAGCUUGUCAAGCCAGCGUAUUGCCCAGGCGACCCAUGCACCGUCAAACUCACGACAAAUAACCGUUCCGGCAACAAAAUUAGCCACAUGGAUGUAUCACUUGUAUGCAAAGUAACCACGAACGAUGAGACGGGGCAACCAAACAACACAAAGCACCAUACGCUGCAGACUGAAACUUUCUUUGUGGCCAUCCCAAGAGAUGCCAAGGAACAUCAAUCGGUGUUUUGCUUCAAUAUGCCAGAUGACAUGAUCCCAUCCACCAAACAUCAACAGGCUGGCAGGUUCCUUGAAGUUGCUUAUGAAGUUGUUGUUACACUACCAAUAUCGGGUAGCUCGCAUGGUAGUGAUACUACAGCCUCUUCAACGCCAUCCGCUAGUUUAUGGCCUUUCUUUGGCAAUGCACAACCUAUCAUCAAUACUGUAUCCUUGCCGGUCCUUGUAUCCACCGUUCCUGCUGGUUUCCCCAUUCCUUCACAAUUAUCUCAACCACUUUGUACAUUCGAUGAACAACCUGAGCCACCUUCAUUCAUACCCAACAUUGAAUCUCCUUUGCCAAGCCCAUCCAUGCCCAUGAUUUCUUCCCCCGUGGGUAGCUGGGCUGGUAGUCCCACAAUGCUCGAAUUCGAUCGUCUUUCACCAUCCACUUCCAUCUCUGCAGCAAGCAAUGAUAUGCAAGACAUUGAUCUCGCUGGUGCUGUUGUGCAGCAAGAUGCAUCAGGCCAUUUGAUGGUUCCCUCUUCUCCACGCCCUGACAAUACAAGAUUCUCAACCAAUUCCUCUACAGAUGAUUCACGUCGUAAAUCCACAGGCUCUGCAGGUGAAGGCAUGGGCAUUAGUGUAGCUGUUCAAUAA